AGUCGCCUCGGCGCGGUGUACCCUGGCACUAGCCCGCUUGCAGACCUAGGAUUAGCCAGAGGACGCGUCCUCAGCGCUGCCGCCGCCCAGCCGCCCUCACCUGGAUUACCUACCGCGGCAGCUGCAGCGGAGCCAGCGAGAAGGCGAGAGGCGACAGCGUCCCGGGAGGAGCUCGGCUUUUCUGGGACCCCGCGGGCGGGCAAAGCGGCAUCGCGAACAGAGCCAGAUUCCGGGCCCGCGAGCGGAGAGAGCGACGCCCCGAGGGAUGGCGGCAGCGUCCCGGAGCGCCUCUGGCUGGGCGCUACUGCUGCUGGUGGCACUUUGGCAGCAGCGCGCGGCCGGCUCCGGCGUCUUCCAGCUGCAGCUGCAGGAGUUCGUCAACGAGCGCGGCGUACUGGCCAGUGGGCGGCCGUGCGAGCCCGGCUGCCGGACUUUCUUCCGCGUCUGCCUGAAGCACUUCCAGACCGUGGUCUCGCCCGGACCUUGCACCUUCGGCAGCGUCUCCACGCCGGUAUUGGGCACCAACUCCUUCGCGGUUCGGGAUGACAGCAGCGGCGGGGGCCGCAACCCUCUCCAACUGCCCUUCAAUUUCACCUGGCCGGGUACCUUCUCACUUAUCAUCGAAGCUUGGCACGCCCCGGGAGACGACCUGCGGCCAGAGGCCUUGCCACCAGACGCACUUAUCAGCAAGAUCGCCAUCCAUGGCUCCCUAGCCGUGGGUCAGAACUGGUUACUGGAUGAGCAAACCAGCACCCUCACAAGGUUACGCUACUCUUACCGAGUCAUCUGCAGUGACAACUACUAUGGAGACAACUGCUCACGCCUGUGCAAGAAGCGCAACGACCGCUUCGGACACUAUGUGUGCCAGCCAGAUGGCAACCUGUCCUGCCUGCCCGGUUGGACUGGGGUGUACUGCCAACAGCCUAUCUGUCUUUCUGGCUGUCAUGAGCAGAAUGGCUACUGCAAUAAGCCAGGAGAGUGCCUCUGCCGCCCAGGCUGGCAGGGCCGCCUGUGCAAUGAAUGCAUCCCCCACAAUGGCUGUCGUCAUGGCACCUGCAGCACCCCCUGGCAAUGUUCUUGUGAUGAGGGCUGGGGAGGUCUGUUCUGCGACCAAGAUCUUAACUACUGCACCCACCACUCCCCGUGCAAGAAUGGGGCGACGUGCUCCAACAGCGGGCAACGAAGCUAUACCUGCACCUGUCGCCCAGGCUACACUGGCGUGGACUGUGAGCUGAAGCUCAGCGAGUGUGACAGCAACCCCUGUCGCAACGGGGGCAGCUGUAAGGACCAGGAAGAUGGCUAUCACUGCCUCUGUCCCCCGGGCUACUAUGGCCUGCACUGCGAACACAGCACCUUGAGCUGUGCCGACUCCCCCUGCUUCAAUGGGGGCUCCUGCCGGGAGCGCAACCAGGGGGCCAGCUAUGCUUGUGAAUGCCCCCCCAACUUCACUGGCUCCAACUGCGAGAAGAAAGUGGAUAGGUGCACCAGCAACCCGUGUGUCAAUGGGGGUCAGUGCCUAAACCGAGGUCCAAGCCGCAUGUGCCGUUGCCGUCCUGGAUUCACAGGCACCUUCUGCGAACGCCACGUCACUGACUGCACCCGCAGCCCUUGUGCCCAUGGCGGCACUUGCCACGACUUGGAGAACGGGCCCGUGUGUACCUGCCCUGCCGGCUUCUCUGGCCAGCGCUGUGAGGUGCGGACAUCCAGCGAUGCCUGCACCUCAGGGCCCUGCUUCAAUGGGGCCACCUGCUAUGCUGGUCUCUCCCCGGACACCGUCAUCUGCAACUGCCCCUACGGCUUUGUGGGCAGCCGCUGCGAGUUCCCUGUGGGCUUGCCGUCCAGCUUCCCUUGGGUGGCCGUCUCCCUGGGCGUGGGCCUGGCAGUGCUGCUGGUGUUGCUGGGCAUGGUGGCGGUGGCUGUGCGGCAGCUGCGGCUUCGGCGGCCAGACGACGGCAGCAGGGAAGCCAUGAACAACUUGUCGGACUUCCAGAAGGACAACCUGAUCCCUGCCACCCAGCUGAAGAACACAAACCAGAAGAAGGAGCUGGAAGUGGACUGCGGCCUAGACAAGUCCAACUGUGGCAAACAGCAAAACCACACAUUGGAUUAUAAUCUGGCCCCAGGGCCCCUGGGGCGGGGGACCGUGCUGGGGAAAUUUCCCCACAGUGACAAGAGCUUAGGGGAGAAGGCGCCACUGCGGUUACACAGUGAAAAGCCAGAGUGUCGGAUAUCAGCGAUAUGCUCCCCCAGGGACUCCAUGUACCAGUCUGUGUGUUUGAUAUCAGAGGAGAGGAACGAAUGUGUCAUUGCCACGGAGGUAUAAGGCAGGAGCCCAUCCACAACAUCCCGGCUCAGCCCAGCAGCUGGACCUUCCUUCCGCAUUGUUUACAUUGCAUCCUGGAUGGGACGUUUUUAAUAUGCAACGUGCUGCUCUCAGGAGGAGGAGGGAAUGGCAUGAACUGGAUAGACUGUGAACUUGCCAAGAGAUGCAAUACCCUUCCACACCUUUGGGUGUCUGUCUGGCAUCAGAUUGGCAGCUGCACCAGACAGGGGAACAGAGGAGAGAAGAGAUGCCACUGAGACCUGACCUGCCAGCAGUGGCCUUCAGAGGGCUUCUUCUGAGGCUCUGGCCUGUUUUCUAGAGAGAGUGGCAGUGGCCUCCUGGGGCCUGGAGCUGCUGUGGCCUUCACUGGCAUCUGUGUUUCCAAAAGUGCCUUUGGCCCAGGCUCCAUGAUGACAGCUGGGCCCAAAUCAGAAGGGAGAGAGGGGCCAGAAAGGAUAGGGCCUCCUGUGAGCUGGGAAACCAUUGAGUGCGGCCCUCCGCAGGUGGGUGAGUGCUCCAGGGGGAGGGGCACUUUCUGCCCCAUGGCUCCAGCUACUGCAUGUGGGCUUGGCUCGGAACACCACCUGGCCUCUCUCGCUGGCCUAGGCACGCUAGGCAAGAAUGUUGGUGAGCCUCACCCGGCUUCUGCACCCACUGGGCCUGGAUGCCUCGGGGCUCCUGGGAGCAGAUAGGUGAAGAGCCUAUCCCUUCCGCCAGUCAGGGGCGCCAGGCCUAACUGGGGAACUCAGGGCAGUUAUGUUGGAAACUCCAGUGAGGGAGAAAUUAGGUGCUGCUGCCAUCUAGGCCCUUUCCUCCCUCAAACCCAUUCUACGAACUUGAGCCUGGGCCCUGCUGAUGCCCAGUACUGCCCCCAGGCCACCCUUGAAGCCGAUCUUCAGAAAUCAAUAAUAUGAGUUUUUAUUUUGUUUUUUUGUAGUUUAUUUUGGAGUCUAGUAUUUCGAUAAUUUAAGAAUCAGAAGCACUGACCUUUCUACAUUUUAUAACAUUAUUUUGUAUAUAAUGUGUAUUUAUAAUAUGGAACAGAUGUGUACAGGC